GCGAGCAUCCCGGAAGAGGCUCUGUAUGGAUGUAAAACCGGCUUUAAUAAGGUUUUCAUAUGGAAGUCGCUAAACUGCGUUAUAUUACCUAUUAACGUAAAGUGUAUCGGUCACUAGAAGCUCAAAAUAAAGUAAUAUAUAUAUACACAUAUGUAUAUAAUUGCAAUGGUCUAUCUGCCGUACCUGUGCAAGAACCUGUUCGUAGGAACCUGUUCGUGCUUCGGUCCGUCAUCUGCAAUUUAGAAGAAUUCUCUGCCUGUGGAUCAUGUCAGCAAACCCACUGUUUUCCAAUAAGAAAAGGGACAACUCGGCGUUGUAUGGCACAGGGCGUCUGCACUCUAACUUACCUCCGUUUCCGCCCCAAGGCCAUCCAAGCAAUGACAGAAACGGGUAUCCUCCACCAAAACGUUCCAGAACUGCACCUGUCCCCGAGUCCAAAGCCAUGGCUGACCCAUUCUGUGACAACGAAGAUUUUACAGCCGAUGAUCUCGAGGAGAUUGACAUUCUGGCCUCGCAAGCAUAUACACCAGAUGGAGGUGUGGCAGAUGUCCAGUUAAAUCACAUCCAAAGCAAGGAGCUAACAAAAAAGCACACAACUUCUGUAGGAAACACAAGCACUUUGCAAACUGGACCACUGAGGCAAAGAAGAAACGUCCUAGAUGCUAUUGAAGAUAAGGAUGCGCUUGGAAUUGGGGUUUUGCAGGCAGAAUAUGAGGAUCUGAAGAGAAAAUUGAAGGAACUCGAAGACCAAAUUCUUAUUAAGAAUGGUGAGAUUAAGGUGUUACGAGAUGCUUUGCGUCAAAGUGACUCUAACCUGGAACAACAGAAAAUGUCCCAACUAUUACAGGAAAAAGAGAAAGCACAGAUCCACAGUGAGAAGGAGAAGGAGCUAUUGAAGAAGAUGCAAUCUCUGAAGUCAGAGCUGGAGUUCAAAGAUGCCGAAAUGAAUGAAUUAAAAACCAAAAUUCAGAAUACUGAGCGAAACAGGAUUUCUAUCACAUCCCUUAGCCCAAAGAAAAGUCCACCAAGAGCUACAAAAGCAGAGUCGUUUUAUUCACCACAGAUGGGGAGAAGCAACUUCCCCACAAAGGAAUCUUUUUCUGCCGAUAUGAACUUCAAGCCAGCCAAGUCCGAGAAUGAGAUAUCUCAAAACAAAGUCGGGCAAAUAAAAAGCCUUUCCUGCUCAUAUCGUAUUCUAACGAAAAACAACCAAGGCUCCGGUUUAUUAAAUGCUUUGAUGCAGCAGCCAUUGUACCCAGGAUCACUUGGCUUGUACCACCUUCUCAGCAAUAACCUAGAUGUUCCUGUGGGCUCAUUAAAACAUAGCAAAACCCCAGGUACAUCUGGUUCCAGUGUCCUGUCUCCCACUCGAUGUUCAACUUUAAAUGAAGCUCAGCGCUUGGCUGUCACCGGGCUCAAUGCCAUAGCUGUUGGUGAAGAUUACGCAUUUAAAAGAGAAGGACAAAACUCUACAGGAUUUUUGCAUCUGAAUAAAAUGAGUCCGCUUCCAGGAGCUGUGCACUUACUGCCUCUAGUGAAGUAUCACAUAACUGCCUACUGCCAGGCUCUGCGGACCAUUGAGAAAUCUGGAGGAGGACCUUCUGAAACUCAGUCCAAGGCUUCUAGCGUAGAACGCAAUUUUGCUUCUGGCGCUGAGGACGUGCUGUCGACUGUGAUCGAGCCUGCUGUUACCUCUCUUGAGAUUCUCUAUCACUUGGUAUGUUAUAGUAUUGCUGUAGUUCGAACUUUACUGCAGAGUACAAAGCCCCAGGAAGGGCCACCUUCUGAAGCAGAACAGGAGCCUGACGGAUUGAAUCAUUCCAUGCUGGAAAGUCCUGAGCAUGGACCACAUUCUUUAUUUAAAAUACUAACGUUUCUCCUAUGCACUACUACUGUGACGUGCCAGAGACACGUUGUCAGAAACCAGAUCCUCAAAGUGUUUGUGAAGCUGGCAGAGAAUUCCCCAAAAGACCUUUUGUACAGGUUUCACAGUUUGUUUCGCAGUUCUGCCUUCCAUCAGUGUCUGGCCCCAGAGUCUCCCGCAGCAGUGGUCCUCAUGACUGUGAGGCUUCUGGCUCUUCUGUCCGACCAAGAAAAGCUAUCUGCUCUGUUGUGUUCCUGCUCAGAAACCUGUCUCCUGCACACAAUUUAUACAUAUGUGGUUUCAAGACCUGACAAUACUGCAUCGGAAUCACUAUGGCUUCAGCUGGAACACGAGGUGGUGAGAUUUCUCACAAAGCUAUAUUCCCAGGGUUGGAGCCCUCUUACUACAGAGUCUGGGGUAACGUGUCAGUGUAAUCGAGAGGUUGUAAGGGCUUUAGUUCUUACUCUGCACAAAGAAUGGCUUUGUGUUCGCUGCUCUGCACUCCUCGCCCCAACCUCAGCCCACAGCAAAGCCGUGCAGUUUUUACGGGAAACUGUGCUACUUCUGCAUAGUCUGUCCCAGAAGGACAAAAACUUCAGCGAGCAUUGUCUGGAGGUUCUCCACCAGUACGACCAAGCCGUUUCAGGAGUUCGGACCAUCUUCAAGAAGUUCAACUUCUUAAAAGAAAUAGAAGAGUUUGCCCUAGAUGAAUUGUGUCCUCCUGAAAUAGAGACAGAAGAGGAGUAUAUGGAUUGCACAUGAUCUAGCCACAGUAGCUUCACACAGUCUGGCCCUCCCUCACACAUAUGAUAAAAUGUUAGUCCUGGGAAGACUUUUCAGGACCACAUCUGCUUUGAAUGUGUUUGUAGAUGAACCACUAAGGAAUGAUUUCAUGUAAUGAAUACUGUAUUUUUCAAAAUAUCGUAAUAAAUGUGUGCUUUAACAAAA